UGACGAAGAAUGUUCAAGAUGCAAUUGCGAAUCGGCGCAAUACCGGAAAUAGACGAUAAGUGAGAGCAUUUUGGCAGCGGAAUAAAGCGAUUCAUAUUUCUUUCACGAAUUUCACGCUAUUUUUGUAGGUUGUGCGUGGGCGAGAGAUAUGCUUUGACUUCAGCUCAUUUUAUUCAGUAAUCACAUGUCCGUUGAUUGCGUUUAACUUUAUAUAGCUCGUAUUUAUUGCAUAUUUCAUCGUAGAAUUUGAAGUUUCGAAUAGAAAAGGAAUUCAAGUGCUUUUUCUACUGUUUUACCUUGUUUUACUCUUCUGAUUAGUUUGAAUUGAAUCUCGGGUAAACUUUUGAUUGAGAAAACAUUGUGAUUUUGUAAUAAUUACACAAACAAAAUGCUACUGAAAAAAUGUACUAUUCAACGGAAUUUAUUGAAUAUCUACGUUAUUGUUGCAUUGACGCUAUUGACUUCAAAAAACUAUGUUCUUAGUGAUGAUGAUGACGCUGGACUUCAAUGCGUCAAUGUUCCCAAAGAUCAAAUGAUAGAAUAUAUGUUCAAAAAUUGUUAUUUGAUGAGACAUGAGUUUGUGGCAAGUGCAAAGCAACCAUCCGACAAAGUGUUGCAGAUUUCCAUUCUGAAUGUGCAAAAAAAUCAUAAAAAAAAUGAGACCGGGUACACAAAUCAUGAAACAUGUGAAGUGAUUCGAGCGACUAUGACUGAUCCGUUGCCAUUCAAUCAAACGAAACGCCGUAUUCGACGAUACUCAUACACCGGUGACAAGUGGACAAAAAAGAACAUAACUUAUUGGUUUCAACUGGCUUGGCCACCUGGCGAUUCGCGUAACCAGGAUACACAUGAAAUAGUAAAAAAGGCAUUUUCAAUGUGGUCUGAUGUAGCACCGUUGACAUUUCGAAGAAAUCCCUACUUUUGGGCAGCGGACAUUUGGAUUAAAUUCGUGAGUCGAUAUCAUGGUGAUCGCUUCCCAUUUGAUGGUCCAGGAGGUGUAUUGGGUCAUACAUUUCCAACAAAAGACGACAGAACGGCGAUUCAUAUGGACUUGGACGAAACUUGGACAUUUGAGAUGAAGCGCAAAAAGGGCUACGUCAGUCUGUUACAUACUUUAACACAUGAGAUUGGACAUGCGCUCGGUCUUGAUCAUUCAUUUGCUCCACUAGGUGUUAUGUUCCCCACUUAUAAUGGUGUUUUAAGGUUGUGUGAAGAUGAUGUAAAUGCGAUUCAACGAUUGUACAACGAUUGAAAACAGACAUUUUUGGAAUUUCUAACACCAUUGUUAAUA